UGUUUUCAGAACCCACGUGUUCCAGGAACAUGGCGGAGAUGGAGGCUCAUGACGUCGCUGAGCCUGUGUCUCCCAGAGAUGCGGUGAAGAGCGGCGCCCGGCCUGCCGACCCUCAAGGCCUGCUGAAGCACAGCCGCGAGUUCUUGGACUUCUUCUGGGACAUUGCGAAGCCGCAAAAGGAGACGCGGCUUGAGGCCACGGAGAAGCUCCUACAGUAUCUCCGCACAAGACCAGAGGGAUCCGAGAUGAAGUACGCCCUGAAGCGCCUGAUCACUGGGCUUGGGGUCGGACAAGAAACCGCCCGGCCCUGCUACAGUCUAGCCCUGGCCCAGCUAUUACAGUCUUUCGAAGACAUCCCCUUGUGCAGCAUCCUGCAACAGAUAGAAGAGAAGCAUGACCUACAGAAAGUGAAGAAGGCCACGAUGAGACCCAUUCUAUUUGCAAACCUGUUUGGGGUGCUAGCCCUCUUUCAGUCAGGCAGGCUGGUGAAGGACUCAGAGGCACUGAUGAAGUCGGUGAAGCUGCUGCAAGCCCUGGGCCAUUACCCCAACCACUUGCAGGAGCAGCCCCAGAAGGCCCUGGUGGACAUCCUCUCUGAGGUCCCAGAGGCCAUGUGGCAGGAGAUCCUGCCGAAGGUCCUCAAAGCUGACUUGAAUUCAGUAUUUGCCUCCCCUGAGCACCUGGAGCUCUACCUCUUGGCCCAUCAGAAGGUGCCUGCGAAGCUUGAGGAGCUGAUGGGAUCUGUCAACCUAUUCUCAGAUGAGAAUAUCCCCAGACUGGUGACUGUGCUGAAGACGGCCGCUGCCUCUGUGAAGAAGGAGCGCAAGCUGCCCGCUGUGGCUCUGGACCUGCUCCGCUUGGCACUUAAGGAGGACAAGUUCCCGUGGUUCUGGAAGGAAGUUGUGGAACAAGGGUUACUGACAAAGCAGUUCUGGCCGGCCAGCUACCUGUGUUUCCGCCUGCUGGGUGCGUCCCUGCCUCUGCUGUCCAAAGAGCAGCUGCAGCUGGUGAUGCGAGGGGACCUGAUCCGACAUUUCGGGGAACACAUGGUCACUGUUAAGCCCCGGAGCCAGCUCAAGUUUGCUCCGGAGAUGACCGAGUAUGUGGGAACCUUCCUGGAAGGCUGCCAGGAUGACCCCGAGCGGCAGCUGGCCAUGAUGGUGGCCUUCACAUCCGUCACCAAUCAGGGCUUCCCUGUCAUGCCUACCUACUGGCGGGUCGUGCGGUACCUGAGUGCCCCCGCCCUCAAGGGCUACGUGAGCUGGCUGCGGGACAUGUUUCUCCAGCCUGACCUGGAUUCCUUGGUGGACUUCAGCACCUGCAACCAGAAGAAAGCCCAGGAUGCUUCGCUCCAUGGGCCUGAGCGAGCUGUGUUCCGGCUACGGAAGUGGGUCAUCCUCCACCUGGUCAGCAUCGUGGACAACUUGCACUUGGAGAAGGAGGAAUCCUUGAUUGAGGAGGUGGCCAGGUUUUGUUUCUUCCACUCGUUCUUUGAAACGAAGAAGCCCACGUCCCAGAUCCCGGAAACUGAGCAGCAGUUCUCCUUCCCUAUGGAUGGCCGGUCCCGAGAAGUGGUCAGCAGUGCUUUCUUCAGCCUGCUGCAGACCCUCAGCACACAGUUUAAGCAGGCACUGGAGCAGACCCAGGACAGGCAGUCCUGGACCUACCGCCUGGUACAGUUUGCAAACAUGCUGUUGAACCACAACCACCACGUGGCUCUCGUGACACCUUUCACUACGAAACAGCGCCAGGCCUGGAACCGGAUGCUGCAGACUCUGAAGGAAUUAGAGGCUCACUCUUCAGAGGCCAAGGCCACUGCUUUCCGGCACUUGCUUCUCCUGGUGGGCAUCCACCUCUUCAAGUCCCCCACAGAAAGUUGCGACCUCCUAGGUGACAUCCAGACCUGCAUUGAGAAGAGCCUGGGGGAGAAGACCCGCCGGACCCGCUCCAAGGCCACCAACCCCGAGGAGCCACCAUGGGUGGAGGUAAUGGUGGAGAUCCUCCUGGCCCUCCUGGCCCAGCCCAGCCACCUGAUUCACCAUGUGGCCCGGAGUGUGUUUAGCCAUAUCUGUGCCCACAUGACUCCACGUGCCCUGCAGCUAAUCCUGGAUGUGCUAAACCCAGAGCAGAGCCAGGACGAGGACGACAAUGUGGUGGUCGUGGACGAUUCCGAAAAGCAGCUGGAGGAUGAGGAGGACAAGAGCUCAGACAGCGAGGACGACAAGCACUCGGGGAGCGAGGACGAGAGUGACGAGGAGGACCGGGACGGGGAUGUGGACCCCAUCUUCCGGGAGCAGCUGAUGGCAGUGCUGCAGACGGGGAAGGCGCUGGGUGGAGAGGAUGACGACGACGAGGAGCUGGGGGAUGAGGCCAUGAUGGCUCUGGACGAGAACCUUGCCAGCCUCUUCGCUGAGCAGAAGCUGCGCAUCCAGGCCCGGAGGGACGAGAAGAACAAGCUGCGGAAGGAGAAGGCGCUCCAGCGGGACUUCCAGAUCCGGGUUCUGGACCUGAUCGAGGUGAUGGCGACCAAGCAGCCUAAGAACCCGCUGAUGCUGGAGCUGCUCGAGCCGCUGCUGAACAUCAUCCGGCGCAGCAUGCGCACCAGCAGCACCAAGCAGGAGCAGGACCUGCUGCACAAGACAGCACGCAUCUUCACACAUCAUCUGUGUCGCUCCCGGCAUUACUGCAGUAACGUGGGCAACUUUGUGGAGACACUGUAUACCCAGGUGGAGCGGCUGGUGCAGCAGGCUGGCCACCAGGCCGACUCCUCCAUCUCCCGCUACUACUUCAACGCCUCUUUCUACCUGCUCCGCGUCUUGAAGGGCAAUACUUCUGAAAAGUCCUCCCACAAGAAGAAGGCAGGCACUGACACCAACAGCAAGCCCACGGACCCCAAGGUGGCCCAGGCUACCAGCUGCUUCGAUUUAAGCCGCGUGACCCCAAUCUACUCAUCAGCACUGAGAUCCUUCCUGACCAAGCGCAACAGCCCACUCACCGUUCCCAUGUUUCUCAGCCUCUUCUCCCGGCACCCGAUGCUUUAUAAGAGCCUGCUUCCUGUUGUGGUCGAGCAUGUGACAGGCCAAACGCGGUCCCGCCAUCAGGCCCAGGCCUGCCUGCUGCUCCAGAAGACCCUGCCCGUUCGGGAGCUGAGACCCUGCUUUGAGGACACUGAGUGGGAGCAGCUGAUGAGCCAGAUCAUGGCAAAGGUCACUGAGAACUUGCGGGCGCUGGGUGAGGCGCAGACCAAGCCGGAUCGGCUGAAGGAGCGGUCCUCCUUGGAGCUGCUCAACACUCUUUUCCGGAUCAUUAAUCAUGAGAAGCUGACUGUGGACCUGACCGGUGUCCGGAGUGUGCUGCAGAGCCAACAGCAGAACCUGCAGCAGAGGGUGCAGCAGGGGGGGCACUCGACCGGUUCCUGCCGCCUCUACGACCUCUACUGGCAGGCCAUGAAGAUCCUCGGAGUCCAGCGCCCCAAGUUAGAGAAGAAGGACGCCAACAAAAUCCCCAGUGCCACGCAGAGUCCUGUUAGCAUGAAGCGCAAGAAAAAGGGAUUCUUGCCAGAGACCAAGAAGCGCAAGAAACACAAGUCGGAGGGCACCACACAGGAGGAGGAUGCCAAGCCCACAGCCACCAGUGGGGACCAGCCCCCCAGCACAGGCAAGAAGAGGAGGAGAAGGAAGAAGGCUAAGGUCGCAGCAGAGGCCCAGGUCAACGGGAUGUCUGCGGCCAACAGUCCAGCCCCAAAGCCCCCCACCGUGAACCCCAGCACCCCUGCCAAGUCCCGAAAGCUGCGUAAGAGAAAGAAGAAGCUGUCGCAGGUGAAUGGAGCCACUCCCACGCAGGUGAAUGGAGCCACUCCCACGUCCCCCGUGGAGCCUGCCGUUGAAAAGGAGCAUCAGCAGGAGCUGCCCACAAAGGAGGUCUCAGGCAAGUUGCCACAGUCGGCGCUGCCACAGAAAAAGGCAAAAUUGUCCUUGGCCGUCAGGAGCCCCAGCCUCUUCCAGAGCCAGUCCAAGAAAAAGAAAGCACAGCGGAGGAAGUGGAAAAAGCCCUGAGUGCAGUCCCUGCCCCUCAGCCCCCCCAGCCCCCACCCCCUGUCAGCCCUGGACUCCUUUUUUCACCACGGUUUUAAUAAACAGGCCACUGUGUGAGGUACUAA